AUGCACCAGUGUCUGCAGUGCCGCCGAUCGCUCGAGAGCGAGCUGCUUAGCGCGCCAGUAUUGGGCGAGUCGUACGUGCUUCUUCCGACGGCGAGCGCGUCGCAGAGCAUGUUGCUGCUGCAGAAGCUGCCUGCGAGUGCGGGACGGCCGCCAGAGAUGGACGAGUCGGGUGUGUUUGGCGAUGAUCUGUACGCGAGUGCGCGCUACAAUCUCUCGCUACAGCAGCAGCACGAAGAGGAGCAGAGGAAGCAACAGGCGCAGCGUCGUCAGAAACUGCAGCAGCGACAGCGACGUCGCGAGCAAAAGCUACGAGAUGGCUACACUUUUGACGCUGCUGCUACUGCUUGUGGUGAUGGGGGUACUGGACAUUACUGUGCGCCUCAAGUGGGUCGCACACGUCAUGAUCGAGAAAGAAGUGAUUUAGCAAUGGACGACAGUUUAGUGGCAGUGCCGACGUACGCAGAUCUCAGCCAUCACGUCCGCCUGCUCACGAUGCAACAGGCUCAUUGCGCGGGGCUGCCUGUGACGACCCCAUUGUGCAAGGAGUGCGUGGACGGCAUGGUCACGAUCAUUGACGGACGCGCUGAACGGGCUCGGUAUGAAAAGCGCUGCUUUGUGGGGUUCCUGCAUAAGACAACGAGCUCGAGCGUUCACAACGAAGAUAUUGAGCGCAUUGAUGACAAGAUCCGCUUUUAUGAGAGCGAGUUGAAUGCCUUGGAGGAGAAUCUAAAGCUGAUGGAGGAAGAGAGGGAAGAUUUGGCCAAGCAAGCAGAGGUGAUUGACAAAGAGGAGGAAGCUCUUGUGCGUGAAGAAGUAGACAUGUGGCACCAUCUUAAUGAGCUGCAGCUGCAAGAAGCUGUUUAUCGCGAGAUGCGGGACACUGGCACGGCGCAAGUCGAUGCGAUGGAGCGCAAUGUGGCGCAGGCCAAGCACUUGAACAUCCUGACGGACAUGUUUGUCAUUGGCAACGAUGGCACGUUUGGAACCAUCAACCAUUUCCGUAUGGGUCACUCGGCGUCGUUUUCGGUGGAAUGGAACGAGAUAAAUGCAGCUUUUGGUGAGUGUGCUUUGCUAAUGCAGACCCUAGCGAGCAUCGUUGGUCUGGAGUUUUCCGACUUUAAGAUCGUGCCGCUAGGGAGCUACUCGAAAAUGAUCCGAACGAGUAAUUUCCGCAUGGAGUACUGCCUACACGGUUCGGACCAGCAGAACUUCGCUGAGUCUCACUUCAACUUGGGUCUAGGCGCGUGGCUCACAUGUCUUGGCCAGCUCAUGGCCUUUGUCCGGCUUCGAGACCCAUCGAUCCGAUUUCCCUACAAGGUCACGAAGCGUUCCAUUGGGAAUUACUCCAUUUUGUUUCUGAAAAACAAGCACAAGGAGUGGACCAAGGCGCUCAAGUACGCGCUGACGAACUUGAAGUGGCUGCUUAUGUGGGUCUCGGCGCGUGGAUACAGCAUAGCCACGUCGGAUGUUGCCGCUUUGACCACUGCCGCCGCUACAAGCACAUCUACUCCUGUUUCUGAUGCCGGCUCCGCAGUCGUACGCUCCAGUAGCGCAAAGCAGAGCGUUAUAGUUACGGAGCACUUCUCGUAA